CGUGACGCGCGGCGGUCGCGGCGGUGUCCUCUGUCCGCUGGGCCGGGCGCUGGGCUCCGGGAGCGGCGGCGAGGGCGGCGGGCGCUGCGUGCGGCACGGCCAUGGCGGGCGCGCUGGUGCGGAAGGCGGCGGACUAUGUCCGGAGCAAGGACUUCCGGGACUACCUCAUGAGCACGCACUUCUGGGGCCCAGUAGCCAACUGGGGGCUCCCCAUUGCCGCCAUCAAUGACAUGAAAAAGUCCCCGGAGAUCAUCAGUGGGCGGAUGACGUUCGCCCUCUGCUGUUACUCGCUGACGUUCAUGAGAUUUGCCUACAAGGUGCAGCCUCGCAACUGGCUCCUGUUCGUGUGCCAUGCCACCAAUGAGGUGGCCCAGCUCAUCCAGGGCGGGCGGCUCAUCAAAUACAAGAUGAAGGAGAAGGCAUCAGCGUAACACUGGCAGGGAGGGCUGGCGCUGGCAGGGAGGCUCUGCCCGCUGCGGAGCCACCGGCUCUGGCACAGGACGUCUGCUGAGGACCCGCCGAUGCUGUUUUUACUAACCCAACCGUGUCCACCGAGACAGCAAGAGCCCCCGAGCCCUGACCCGCCCCCAGCGAGUAGUCCUUCCCGUGAUCCCAGCGAUGCUUGCUCCGAGCUGUGUGUUACCUGUGAGGACUUGCUGAACGAGCGAAGCCUGAGGCUCUGAGACCUGAGUGCUCAGCACGCUCCACUUGCUGUGUACGACCACGAGGCAUCCCACAGCUGGCUCCGUCCUUAAGCUUUCACCCCGGGUCUGAAAAGUACCCGUUGCCAUGCAGUGUGUGUCUGGAAGGCUGUAACUAACGGCAAUAAAUGAUUUAAAUGUUUGUCA